AUGCUUCUUGAGUUCAUUGAAAAGUACCUCUACAAAAAGGUCACGUUGUUCAAUCGUCUGAAGCAAGGUCUAGAGGACAAGAUCGCAUUUGAGGACUUGUGGAUGCUCUUCGACACUGGGGACACCAUUUACUCCCCAUACAUGGAGGGUGGCGUCGUCUUGAAGAGUGGCGAGGAAUCCCUACACACGACAAAAACACGCUACGUUCCCCAGGUUUUUCGCGUCUCGGGCACUGCUGGUGGGCUGCCAUUGCGAUGGACCCUAGCCCCAAAACAAUCGGAUCCUGAGGAUGACAUAUUCGACACACCUUUCUUCCCCGCAUUGUCGAUGAGGGGCCUGCGAUACGCGGCACUACAGACAAGGCAGGAUGGAAUUCCGUCUGCCCAGGGCAACAAAAACAAAUUCGCGCCUUUGCACGUGGUCUGCCUCAACGUUGACUUCGACGGGGUCAAGUAUGGCCCGGUCCAGGAGAUCUUUACCUUCAGGCCGUAUGAUGGGCUCGUGGAUAUUACGAGCCUUGAAGCGUACCCAAUGCAGUAUCUGAAGACUCAGCCAAGUCGAUUCCCCGGUGGAGAUGAACAACCCGAGAAUGUUUCACUCCUAGAGCGGGGAAGAAACUUCAUAGAUGCUACGGUCGUCUCUCAUCUUUCGCAUGAGGGCCUUUCGGUUGGAAAGAACCGCCAUGAGAUUAACAGCGCCGUCAUCGUUGACUUCAAGCUCUCCUUCCAAGAGUAUGCGACAGAGUUCCCCGACCAUGAAAAUAUAGUUCCCAGGUUCACGUCCGCGGCAAUUCUCGGGCUACUACUCAAAGAAGCAGCAGUCAUCGAGUUCUACAAACACAAAUGCGGCGAAUUGUGGUGCCACAAACAUGAUUGCGUCUUCGAGGCAUAUGGCACAUAUCAAUUGUCCCAAAUAAGACAGGUUACACUUAGGAUCAAGGCAUUACUCGAAGAGGACGAGAUUGUCAAGCUAACCCAAAAAGAGAGCCUCCAGAAGUUCAAGAAGUACAUGGAAGACAAAGAUCUCAUCAGGCUGCUCCCGGGAGUGGUCCCGGCAUUUGCGCUUCGAAAUCGCAAAUGGGUUCAACUUGACCUCAACCAGCUCAAAAAACUCAAGCAGGAAGACGAGUGGAAAAAGCUCGUCUUGCCCACCGGCCAUAGGGAGAUGGUACAAGCUAUGGUGGAAACCCAUACUCGGGGCUCGCAGGAUUCGCAAUGGGCACACAACAACCCGAAAGCGAAAGUUGAAAUGGACCUCGUGCAAGGAAAGGGUAUAGGCUGCAUCAUUCUUCUUCACGGAGUGCCGGGUGUCGGAAAGACCUCAACUGCCGAAUGCGUUGCCGCACACACCCGGAGACCACUGUACCCGAUUACCUGCGGCGAUAUUGGAUAUGUCCCAGAAGCUGUGGAGAAAAACAUGGAGCAGCAUUUCAAGUUGGCUCACACGUGGAGCUGUGUCUUGUUGCUCGACGAAGCAGACGUUUUUCUUGCAAAGCGCAACAAGACCGAUGUCAAACGGAACGGCCUCGUCUCUGUCUUUCUGAGAAUCCUCGAAUACUAUUCGGGUAUCCUCUUCCUGACGACGAACCGUGUCGGCGCCAUUGACGACGCCUUCCGCUCGCGGCUGCACUUGACCCUGUACUAUCCCAAGCUCACCGAGAAGCAGACGACCGAAAUCUGGAAGAACAACCUAGGCCGCAUAAAGGAAAUCAACAGAGAACGCAAAGAGAAGCAACAGCCACUCAUCAAGUUUGACAAGGCGAAAAUUCUCCAGUGGGUCAAGCUGAACAGGACGGCCUUGCAGUGGAACGGCCGGCAGAUUCGCAACGCCUUCCAGACAGCCGUCGCACUGGCCGAGUUCACAGCCAAGCACGACGCCAGCAAAGAAACCUCAAAGAAAAAGGGCAUGAAAGCCUCUGGGCCCGUUAUAGAUAUUAAACACUUCAAGACUAUUGCUGAGGCGGCGAUACAGUUUGACCAGUACAUGAUCGCGGUGUACGGCGAUAACGAGGACAACCUGGCUGCACGAGAACAGAUGCGUCCAAAAUCGUUUACACCAAAAGCCCCCAAGCUGAAGGAUCUGGAGGACGAGGAGUCGUCGGAAUCGUCGGAAUCGAGUUCGGAAGACGAGGAAGCGACCAAGUCCGAGGCGGCAGAUGAGUCUGUCGGGGAGAUGAGUAGUGACGGGAAUGGCGGGGACAGCAACGAGGAUCUUGAUUCGGAGUCUGAGUCUGAAUCCGAGAAAGAGCGAAAGAAAAAGAGGAAGAAGACAAUUAAGAAGGAAAAGAAGAAGGAUAAGCGGGAGAGCAAGUCGUCGUCGUCUAAGGACAAGAAGGAAAAGAAGGGAAAAUGA